AUGGAGGCGGAGGGGGACCCGGAGGAGCUGGCCCGCCUGCGCUCCGUCUUCGCCGCCUGCGACGCGAACCGCUCGGGGCGCCUGGAGCGCGAGGAGUUCGGCGCGCUGUGCGCGGAGCUGCGCGUGCGGCCGGCGGACGCCGAGGCCGUGUUCCGGCGCCUGGACGCGGACCGCGACGGCGCCAUCACCUUCCAGGAGUUCGCGUGCGGCUUCCGCGGGGCCCGCCGCGGGGGCCGCCGCCGGGGCUGCGGGCUGCGGGCGGGGCCCCCCGUUCUGCCCGAGUCCCAGGCUGCGUCCGACUCCGGGGACAGCGAGGAGGACGAGGACGACCAGGACGCGGAGGCGGCGGAGGUGCUGACGGCCCCGCGGGGCUCGGCGGGCCCCGGCCCCGCCUGGAGGGACUUCCAGGCGCGACUCGGGGACGAGGCCAAGUUCAUCCCCAGGAAAGAGCAAGUUAGUACCUUGUAUCAAAACAUCAACCUUGUGGAGCCGAGACUGAUUCAGCCGUAUGAACACGUUAUCAAGAACUUCCUCCGUGAGAUCAAACUUCAAAGCACAGAAAUGGAAAGCCUGGCCAUCGCGGUGAAGAGAGCCCAGGACAAGGCAGCCAUGCAGCUGAGUGAGUUGGAGGAGGAAAUGGAUCAGAGGAUUCAGGCUGCAGAACACAAGACUCGGAAAGAUGAAAAACGCAAAGCUGAGGAAGCCCUCAGUGACCUCAGGCGUCAGUAUGAAACAGAAGUAGGGGAUCUACAGGUGACAAUAAAGAAAUUGAAAAAGCUAGAAGAACAAUCAAAACAUGUAAGUCAAAAAGAAGAUGUGGCUGCAUUAAAAAGACAAAUUUAUGAUUUAUCAAUGGAAAAUCAGAAAGUUAAGAAAGAUCUGUUGGAAGCACAGACAAACAUAGCCUUUCUUCAGAGUGAAUUAGAUGCUUUGAAAAGUGAUUAUGCUGAUCAGAGUCUGAAUUCUGAAAGGGAUCUGGAAAUAAUCCGAGAGUACACAGAAGAUCGAAAUAGUCUUGAGAGGCAAAUUGAAAUACUCCAAACAGCUAACCGGAAGCUGCAUGACAGCAACGAUGGCCUAAGGAGUGCUCUCGAAAACACUUACAGCAAGUUCAACAGGUCCUUGCGUGUAAAUAAUACAUCGCCAGGGAAUACAAGUUCUAGGAGCAGUCCGAAAUUUAAUGGUCAUUCUCCUCAACCUCCUGGCUAUGACAGGUCCUCUCGCUCUUCCUACGUGGAUGAGGACUGUGACUCGCUGGCCCUCUGUGAUCCUAUGCAGAGGGUGAAUUGUGAAGUUGACAGCCUGCCCGAGAGCUGCUUCGACAGUGGCAUGUCCACCCUGAGAGAUUCCAAUGAGUACGACUCAGAGGUGGAAUACAAACACCAGAGAGCAUUUCUGAGGUCGCAUGGCAUGCAGGAGAGCUCUGCGGGUGAUGCUUCAGACACAGAUGUUCCUGAUAUAAGGGAUGAAGAGACGUAUGGUUCAGAUGGUGUGGCUUCGGUCUUAGACUGGAAGCCUCCUGCCAGUGAAGGCAGUGUUGCUAGUUACCAACGGAAACCCAUCUUGGCCCUUUCACCCCAGACAGACAUGGCGGAUGACAACAGCUCUUCCAGCUCACAGAAGGCUUAUAAGAUUGUGCUUGCGGGGGAUGCCGCUGUGGGAAAGUCCAGUUUCCUCAUGAGACUUUGCAAGAAUGAAUUUCGAGGAAAUACAAGUGCCACCCUGGGCGUUGACUUUCAGAUGAAGACCCUCUUUGUGGAUGGAGAGCGCACAGUUCUGCAGCUCUGGGACACGGCCGGUCAGGAGAGAUUCAGAAGUAUUGCCAAGUCCUACUUCAGAAAAGCAGAUGGAGUCUUGCUGUUGUAUGAUGUCACGUGUGAGAAAAGCUAUCUUAACGUACGAGAAUGGGUGGAUAUGAUUGAGGAUGCAGCCAGUGAGAGCAUUCCUACUAUUUUGGUGGGAAACAAGACUGAUCUUCGUGAGUCUGCUGCUGCAGAGGGAGAGAAGUGCGUCCCGGCAUACUUUGGGGAAAAGCUGGCCAUGACCUAUGGGGCAUUAUUCUGUGAAACAAGUGCCAAAGAUGGUUCGAAUGUAGUGGAAGCUGUUCUCCAUCUUGCCCGGGAAGUAAAGAAAAGAGCUGACCAGGAUGAUAGCAAGUCCGUUACCAACCUGAGUGGGAGCAGUUCCAAACAGUCAACCCACAUGAAGAAUUGUUGCAAGGGUUAA